UCAUGCUGCUGCUGAAGCGCGCUGUUCGCUCUUCCGGUUUGCGUCGAUCUUUCAGACGAUCAAAAUGGCUGAUCAGAGCGAGCGCGCGUUUCAGAAGCAACCCACGAUCUUUCUUAACCGCAAGAAAGGUCUGGGCCCGAAGCGCAGGAAGCCCAUGAGAUACAGCCGCAACGUCGGGCUCGGUUUCAAGACGCCUCGUGAAGCUCUCGAAGGAACUUACAUCGAUAAGAAGUGUCCAUUCACUGGCAAUGUAUCGAUUAGAGGACGUAUCCUUACUGGAGUCGUACAAAAGAUGAAGAUGCAACGUACUAUAGUUAUACGCAGGGAUUAUUUGCAUUAUAUUAGAAAGUACAACCGUUUUGAGAAGCGUCAUCGGAAUAUGAGUGUCCAUCUUAGUCCUUGUUUCAGGGAUGUUGAAAUUGGUGAUGUAGUCACCAUUGGAGAAUGCAGACCUCUGAGCAAGACAGUAAGAUUUAAUGUAUUGAAGGUUUCGAAAGGAACAGGAUCAAAGAAAAGCUUCAAGAAGUUCUAAACAUCUAGCUUUCCAGCAAUGAAUACAUUUUGGCAGAUUUCAAGAAUGAGGUAAGGAAAAGAUUGCAAAACUUUACAACCAAACGUAUUUAUACGACCCUGUAUUGUGAUUCUCAUAUUCGAAAUCUGGCAAAAUAACAAAAAUAAAAUUUCUAUAAAAAUAUUGGAA